UGCGUCGCGUCGUUAGCAUCGGAAAGCGCCUAUGGCGACACGGGCGAAACUUUGUGAAUGUUUUGGUUUGCUGCAUAGACUUACCCGAUAAUGACAUGACAAAUAUCGCAUGGAUUUGACAGUUUGUACAGCUUGUAGACUGAACUCAGUGCAUUCCGUUCGACAAAUUGUGGCGCUGUAAUUAUUCUUGAUGUUUAUGCCUGAGGUGAUGAGGGUCUCAAAAUGACCACAACAAUUCCACACAUACGUAUUGCUGAUGACAGCGCAGUCAAGGAGAGCUAUGAAGUGGGGAAGAAGCUCGGUCAGGGAAGCUUCGGGAAGGUCCACGAGGCACAGCACCGAGAAACCAACAAGUCCUGGGCCAUCAAGAGCAUCAACAAGGAGAAGGCGGGGAGCUCGGCUCUCAAGCUGAUAGAGCGGGAAGUGGCCAUCUUGAAGAGAGUAAAUCAUCCCAACAUCAUCCAGCUGAAUGAAGUGCUGGAAUCACCAACGCGGAUGUUCCUCGUGAUGGAGCUAUGUGAUGGGGGAGAGAUGGCAGAUUCCCUGAAAGACAAUAAACACUUCUCAGAAGCUGAUACCAAAACUGUCAUUAGAAGAUUAGCAAGUGCAAUCUCAUAUCUACAUAAAAAUGACAUAGUACAUCGAGAUAUCAAACUAGAAAAUAUUCUCCUCAGUCAAAAUCCUGAUGAUCCGCAUGACAAGUUACAUAUUAAGGUGACAGACUUUGGAUUAUCUGUAGUAAAGGGAGGCGCUGGACAUGACAACAUGAUGCAGGACUUCUGUGGUACACCAAUGUACAUGUCUCCUGAGAUAAUAGACAACAAGACCUACAGCCAGCAGUGCGAUGUCUGGGCCAUGGGGGUCAUCAUGUAUAUCAUGUUGUGUGGGUACCCACCAUUCAGAAGUAAUGAUGAAGACUCCUUAUAUGAAAUCAUCAAGAAAGGAGAAGUAGAUUUCAGUGAGGAACCAUGGCCUUCGAUCAGUGAGGAAGCAAAGAUGUGCAUCCAGCGGAUGUUGAAGGUUGACCCUGCUCACAGAAUGUCUGCUGCGGAAGUAGUGGACCAUGCCUGGCUAACUGGUGAGACCCAUGACAGCACAAAGCCAGUGAAUGUUCUGGAGAUGAUGAAGGAAUGGGGCCCUGAGCUGAAGAAGGGGGGAAGCUGUGAUGACAACCCUGAGAGUGCAAUAAAUGGUGACAGCCCAGACAGCGUCAUAAAGGAGAGUGCAUCCUCCACCACGGACAACACCUCGCACAAUGCUGCACCGGAAGCCGCCAAGGGUAGUUCAAGUGAUACAAGGAAGGGAUCUGGUGGAGGAAAACGGUCCAGUGACAGUCGCUCACCACCCAACUCUAGUACAAAACCUGGGGCUACAGGAAGAGGAACCAAGCCUGUAGGUGGUGCCACAAAGAUAAACCCAUCUACCAAACCUCCUGCCACACAGACAGGAACCAAACCAGGAAGUACCGGUGGAAGGACGACCGGUGGUGGGACCACCAAUAAGAAAACUGCUGUGAACUCGAACAAUACAAAAACACCAUCCGCUUAUACAAGAAACCAAAAGAAAUAACCCCAAAUAAGUGUAGCAUUAAGUGUGACCAUAUUCCACCAGCGCUGCUGUGGAUGGGAGACUUUACAGUAUGUGUGUAUAUAUUUUACAUCUAUGUAUCGCUGAGUGAAGUGCUAACAGAAGACAACAGGGGAAGAAGAUCCUUUGGUACCAACCAUAUGCUGAUCAGUCCUUCACCCCAGACAGGUCACAUGACUUGCGAGUAGGUCACAUGACAUGUUGGCAGGUCAUGUGACUGAAAGGGGUGGUCUGUGUUCUGAUGCUGCUGCUGUGUGGAAGGGGAGAUAACUGGUUCCCACUGUGCUGUUGAUUUUCUCUGUAGCUUGCUGAUUUGUUAAAUUAAUAUGAAAUAAUCAUGUUUUUCUCAUUCUUGAUUACAUCAUGGUUGAUAUUUUCAUAAAUACCAUUUUUUUAAGGAGGGUUGAAAUUUUGUGUUGAAAAUAUAUGAACAUUCUUGUGUUUUCGUUCUGAAUGUAUGAUAGUUCUUCCUAUUCUAAGGAGUUCUUGUAGACAGAUUAAAUAACAGGAAGAGCAUAAAGGUUUUGUAUAUCUCCAUGACCAGGUUUUGCCCCUGCUUUGAUGGAACCAGAGACCAUAUAUCGGUAUAUGGUCUCUGAUGGAACUGAUUGGCCACCUCUCCAACAGUGCUGGAAGUAGAAUGACAACUAUUUGUAGUGAGAUCGGCCUUGUUAUGUUUAGAGAUGUGAUAUUCUAGAAGUAGCCUUAUUCAAACUGCUGUGAAGUGUGAUAGGAAACAAGUGCCUUUCCCUGCUUGAACAGCCAUGUGACAUUACACUUUCCUAAUCCCAGGAAUGUACCAUUAUUGUAUAUUCAAAGUUUCAAAUGCAUUUAUUUUGUUAAAUGUGUGAUAUGUAAAAAGUUCAUUUGUAUGAAAUAGAAUUGGAAUAAGAA